CGCAAAACUGCGUGCUGCCUCAAGAGUGCUUUUCCCAAAGAAUUAAAACUAUUUGCAGGUAUCAGCAGUUUGAUUACGACACAAUGGCUGAUAAAGACGGUACGAGUGCUCAUUUUUCUGAAUUAGCUGAUUCAGUGUGUGAGUAUGAUGUCCAGCCUGAUAGAAACUACAAUCUGUAGAUGUAGAUUGUUGGCGCGCCAGUCAGCAUCUCACAUUGUUACACACCAGCCUCCUAGCUGUUGGCUAACGUUAGAUACUGACAGGCUGCCUAUACAGUGUUUUUAAUGGCGAAAUGACUGGGAUCUUUUAUGCUACGAUCUAUGUUACGUUACACGUUGUGACAACGUGUGCAAGCGUUGGUAAAUUCGAGGCUGUGUGAUUUCGUUUUGACUGUCAUUAUAACGCAGCUGUGUGUUGAUGGCGAAUAUGAUUUUUGCAUCUGCAUUUGAUGACGCUGUGGAGGAAAGGGUGAUCAAUGAGGAGUACAAGAUCUGGAAGAAAAACACCCCUUUCCUCUAUGACCUGGUCAUGACUCACGCCCUGGAGUGGCCCAGUCUCACUGCCCAGUGGCUGCCUGAUGUCACAAGGCCAGAAGGGAAAGACUACAGUGUGCACAGGCUGGUCCUGGGGACACACACUUCUGAUGAGCAGAAUGCUAGUGUUCAGCUCCCAAAUGAUGAUGCCCAGUUUGAUGCCUCACACUACGACAGUGAGAAAGGAGAGUUUGGAGGCUUUGGAUCUGUAAGCGGGAAGAUAGAGAUUGAGAUCAAGAUCAACCAUGAGGGAGAAGUUAACAGAGCGCGCUACAUGCCUCAGAAUCCUUGCAUCAUUGCCACCAAGACCCCCACGAGCGACGUGCUGGUCUUUGACUACACAAAGCACCCCUCCAAACCUGACCCUUCUGGAGAAUGCACCCCAGAUCUACGUCUGAGAGGCCACCAGAAGGAGGGCUAUGGCCUCUCCUGGAACCCAAACCUCAGCGGCUGCCUCCUCAGUGCUUCUGAUGACCAUACUAUCUGCCUGUGGGACAUCAGCACAGUGCCCAAGGAGGGAAAGAUUGUGGACGCCAAGACCAUCUUCACAGGCCACACUGCUGUGGUGGAGGAUGUUUCCUGGCACCUGCUCCACGAGUCACUCUUCGGAUCCGUGGCCGAUGAUCAGAAACUCAUGAUCUGGGACACACGCUCCAACAACACCUCCAAGCCCAGCCAUGCGGUGGACGCCCACACAGCUGAGGUCAACUGCCUCUCCUUCAAUCCCUACAGCGAGUUCAUCCUGGCCACUGGCUCUGCGGAUAAGACGGUGGCUCUUUGGGACCUGAGGAACCUGAAGCUGAAGCUGCACUCGUUUGAGUCUCACAAGGACGAGAUCUUCCAGGUUCAGUGGUCUCCUCACAACGAAACCAUCCUGGCCUCCAGCGGCACCGACAGGAGGCUCAACGUCUGGGACCUCAGCAAGAUCGGAGAGGAACAGUCGCCAGAGGAUGCCGAGGAUGGACCUCCUGAGCUGCUGUUCAUCCACGGAGGACACACAGCGAAGAUCUCAGACUUCUCUUGGAACCCCAAUGAGCCGUGGGUCAUCUGUUCUGUAUCAGAGGACAACAUCAUGCAAGUCUGGCAGAUGGCUGAAAAUAUCUAUAACGACGAGGACCCAGAUGGUGCUGCAGAUUCAGAGGUCCAGGCAUGAGUCCAGUCUCCAAGUCUCCUCGUCUGACCUGCUUGUGAAAGAUGGAUUCCAGUCCUGGGUGCAAAAGCAGCGACGUCUUUUCAAAACACAUUUUUGGCAGCGGUGAUUUUGUAGAAAAGGGAAGAACAAAAUGCUGCGUUGUCAUCGCGUCAUGAAGUAUUUGAAUCAAGUCUGAUAUUGCUCAGAUUUUUAGAUCUUCUUAGGUUUUCAGACACACAGAACUCAACUUGCUCAACAGGCUUGUGAUGAAACAGUCACAGAUGUGUCCGUCAACAUCCAGGUCUGCUUUUUGGAGAUUGGAGGUUUCACAAUUCUACAGAGAUCCAUUUUUUAAUCAAAUUGUACAUACUGUAGGUUUUUCUUAUAUUUGCUUUAUUUAAGUAGUAUUUUUUCAUUCUAUUUUCCAGAAUACAUGUUUUGUCACCUGUAUGUUUUUACUGUCCUCUGCGUUUUUUUGUUUGUGCGUUGGUUUUGUUUCUCUGAGCUGCACCUGACAUUUUGUAUUUAAGUAUAUUCCUAAUAAAAUAUUUA